AUGACAACACCACUAGGAAAGAUUCCACAGGCAUUCAGACAAGCUCCGUGGCAGAGUUUGGGGAGAGGCUAUUCAAGGCAGUUAUUAGAUGCUGCAAAGCAUCUCCCAAAGUGGCCACAUACAGAAAAGAGAACAUGUUGGCAUGGUCAUGCAGGUGGAGGACUCCACACAAAUCCAAAGGAAGGGCUGAAGGAGGUAGAUGCCAAGAAAAUUAUCAAAGCAAUGUUAUCAUACGUGUGGCCCAAAGAUAGACCAGACCUACGAGCAAGAGUAGCCAUAUCUCUAGGAUUUUUGGCAAGUGCAAAGGCCAUGAAUAUACUGGUUCCCUUCAUGUUUAAAUAUGCAGUAGACAACCUCAACCAGAUGUCUGGAAACGUUCUGAACCUAAAUGAUGCAUCAAAUACAGUUGCAACCAUGGCAACAGCUGUUCUGAUUGGCUAUGGUAUUUCAAGAGUUGGGGCUGCCUUAUUUAAUGAAGCUCGAAAUGCAGUAUUUGGAAAAGUAGCCCAAAAUUCUAUCAGGAGGAUUGCAAAGAAUGUCUUUCUCCAUCUGCAUAACCUGGAUUUGGGGUUCCACCUAAACAGGCAAACAGGAGCUCUUUCAAAAGCUAUUGACAGAGGAACAAGGGGCAUCAGUUUUGUUCUAAGUGCUUUAAUAUUUAACCUGGGACCCACCAUGUUUGAAGUGGCGCUUGUCAGUGGAAUUUUGUAUUAUAAAUGUGGUGCAGAGUUUGCAUUGGUAACUCUGGGAACACUAGGAGCUUACAUAGCUUUCACAGUAGGAAUUACACAGUGGAGGACUAAAUUUAGAAUAGAAAUGAACAAAGCUGACAAUGAUGCAGGCAAUGCUGCAAUUGACUCGCUAUUGAACUAUGAAACUGUGAAGUAUUUCAAUAAUGAAAGAUAUGAAGCCCAGCAAUAUGAUGGAUUUUUGAAGACCUAUGAAAAUGCCUCACUGAAGACUACCUCUACCUUAGCUCUCCUGAACUUUGGUCAGAACACUAUAUUCAGCAUUGGCUUAACAGCCAUCAUGGUGCUUGCUAGCCAGGGAAUUGUUGCAGGGAACUUGACAGUUGGGGAUCUAGUAAUGGUGAAUGGACUGUUAUUUCAGCUUUCUCUACCCCUUAACUUUUUGGGGACAGUGUACAGAGAGACAAGGCAAGCGCUCAUAGACAUGAAUACCUUGUUUACACUGCUCAGUGUAGACACAAGAAUAAAAGACAAAGAACUGGCUCCACCCCUACAGAUUACACCACAGACUGCUACCAUUGCCUUUGAUAAUGUGCAUUUUGAAUACGUGGAGGGGCACAAAGUCUUUGAUGGAGUGUCUUUUGAAAUCCCUGCAGGAAAGAAAGUGGCAAUUGUUGGAGGUAGUGGGUCAGGCAAAAGCACAAUAGUGAGGCUGUUGUUUCGCUUCUAUGAGCCACAGAAAGGAAAUAUUUAUGUUGCUGGUCAGAAUAUACAAGAUGUCAGUUUGGAAAGCCUUAGGAAAGCAAUAGGAGUUGUGCCUCAGGAUGCUGUUCUCUUUCAUAAUACCAUCUACUACAAUCUCUUAUAUGGCAAUAUUGAUGCAUCAGCAGAAGAGGUGUAUGAAGUAGCAAAGUUGGCAGGGAUCCACGAUGCUGUCCUCCGAAUGCCCAAUGGCUACAACACACAAGUUGGUGAACGAGGACUCAAGCUCUCAGGAGGAGAAAAGCAGCGAGUUGCCAUUGCAAGAGCAAUGCUAAAGAAUCCUCCUAUCAUACUGUAUGAUGAAGCAACAUCAUCUUUAGAUUCUAUUACAGAAGAGAACAUUCUGAAUGCCAUGAGGGACAUAGUGAAGCACAGAACAUCUGUUUUCAUUGCCCACAGAUUGUCAACAGUAGUGGAUGCAGAUGAAAUCAUUGUCCUGAAUCAGGGUAAAGUUGCUGAACGUGGUAACCAUUUUGAUCUUCUCACCAGUCCCAGCAGUCUCUACUAUGAAAUGUGGCACACACAGAGCAGCAAAAUACAGACUAGCAAUAAUAACCAGAAAUGGGAAAAGCAAAAUAACUAUAUGUCCAAAGAGGAGGAAAGGAAGAAACUACAAGAAGAAAUUAUCAAUAGUGUAAAAGGCUGUGGAAACUGCUCAUGCUAAAUGUGGUGCAGGAAUAAUUUUCUACAACAGGUUAAAUGGCGACUUAAUAUUGCACUGAAGCACAGCUCUUGUUUUAAAAAUCAAAUCAUUCAUACAGUUCCUGGUUUUGUUUUAUUUUUACAGUUUCUCAGUGAAGCAUAAUGUUAACCAAAGGAUUUUUAUUUCCACAUUUUUGAGAAUCUCUAAUAUUUAUUAAGAUCUGCAAGAGCCGAACUUUUUUGAAAUCUCAACUUAUUGCUAAUUAACAAUGUAUAUUUUUAUGGCAGUUUCAGACAUUUGUACAUUUCACUGGCAACCACUUGUCAGAUGACUUCUACUGUUUCACGUGGCAAAGAUUGGAUUCCCCAAGAUGUAUUAUUAUUGGACUCCCCCCCACGAUGUAUUAUUAAGUGGUACACAGGCUUGUUCUUAGCCUAUAUUAUUUUUCAACAUUGAUGGUUGGUAACAAUGUUUUAUAUUUUUAAUGUAAUUCAGUUAACUUGAAUAUAUUCGCUAAUGAAUAAGGUGUAAUUUAAGUUCUUAAAUGUCUGUCUGGUUUGGAAUAAUUUGCUUCUUUUUUAAAAAUCAACAAGGCCAAAAAACCCCCAAAAAACAACAACCUCUGAUUGCAGAGUCAAGACUGGAACCGCUCCGCUUACUCCUUUGAAAUAACUUUUGUACUUGCCUCUCUAGAAAACAUCAAAGCAUUCCUUUUAAAGGUGAGCUAAAUGUAUUUUUAAAAACUGGAUGCAAUUCUAAAUUAAGAAACUAUAAUGUUGAUUUCAUUUACCAAUAAAUGUUGUAAAGCAAAAUAUUAGAAUUACAAAGCUUCUCCACUACUUACCUGCCAAAUGUAUAGUUCAAGAGUCUGUGUCCUUGGCAUCUGCUAGAAUACCUAAACAGAAUGCAGUCAUCUACUUCAUUUCAGGCAUGGAUAAGUGAAACCAGCGUGUAAAGGAAUGAUGCAUUUAAUCAUUUGCAUGAGUGUCUGAGAAAUGGACCUAAGUGUUGUUCUGCCAGUUGCUCCAGUGGGCUUCUAAACCCAAGGUCCACACCUGUGAGGUGCUGAAAAAUUUCAGAUCCCCAUGCAACUUGUAGGAUUUCAUUGGCCUCUGGUUAUAGGUCCUGCCUUGGGGAAAACUCCUGAAAGCUUUGGCUUUCACUAAUUUUGGAUGCUCAGGUCCCACUUGCCUUUUGAAGCAACUGGGAGCCUAAGGUCCUCUGAAAAAUCAGAUGCAGGAUGCUAUAGGACUGACAUUUUGGAAAAUUAAGCACUCCAAUCAGUGAAUAUCUCUGAAGAUUGGACUACAGAUUGAAUUUGUUGGGGGGCAGGCAGGGGUGUAGUAUCUUUUUAAUUUAGCUGAAUUUAUCAUCAGCUAUUGAUGAAAAUGUGCCAAUUUAAAUUAGAAGUUGAGCUUUAAAUUUCUUUCAUUUUUGCUAGUCUAUUGUUCUCUGUAAUUGUGGAAGGAUAAAGUAAUCCAUGCCAGUAACCCCCCCAGUUAAGAAUGAUUGUAAAGAGUACAUCAAAGUGCAAGGAUUUUUUAUGGCAUUCAUAUUUUGUUGUGUUAAGGCAAAAUAAAAUCUUGCUAAUG